CCGGAAGUUUACCCCCUGGCCCGACGAUAGCAGAAGAAGCAAUGGCGGGGGACAUCUCCACGGAGCUUCUGUUUCUAGAUACGUUUAAACACCAGAGUGCAGAGCUGACCAACGUGGACGUGGUGCGGUUUCCUUGCGGGGUGUUGGUCACAGAGGUGCGGGUCAUUCCUCCAGGAAUCAAAGCUCACAGUAACUUACCUGACAGCAGAGCUUUUGGGGAGACGUCUCCUCAUGCCUUCCAGUUGGAGCUGUUCUUCAAUAAUGUGGCCAAACCCAACAGCCCCACCUUCAACAGACUGGGCAGUCUGGAGUAUGAUGAGAACAAGUCCAUUGUGUUCAGACCCAGUGGAAAGGUGAACACAGACGGCCUGGUGCUGCGUGGCUGGUACACCAGUCUGACUGUGGCAGUGUAUGGUACAGCGGAGCGCUCGCACGGACAUGAACAAGCCUCACCCCCUCCGCCACCACCCCCACCACCCCAACAGCCAAGCGGGCCCAAGAGGAUCGUUAAACAAGAGUGGGAAAAAGACGACCAAUACAAUGGCAGCCCACCCAGACCAGCACCCAGAGGGCCUCGUACUCCACCUGGACCUCCACCGCCAGAUGAUGAUGAUGAGGAGCAGGUCCAAGUGACGGUGGGUGUGGUCAAAGAUGAGCCGCGCGAGGGACGUGAUAACUACCUAGAGGCCGUGUCACCUGAGAGAUCCCUGCCUGCUGAUGAGACGUAUUCGGAUGCUGAGCAUGAGGAGGGCGAUGAAGAGGAGGAGCAGGAGGAGGAAGAGGAUGCCCGGACAGAGGGAAGCGCUCUGGAGGAGGAAGAAGAAGAAGAGGAGGAGGAAGAUGAGGGUGAGGACGAGGAAGAGGAAAUGGAGGAAGGUGAUGAUGGUUAUGAGCAGAUUUCAAGUGAUGAAGACGACCUGGAUAACAGUAGCUUCAAGUUGCCCACCUUUGACAUGGACUACACUCCUGAGGACCUGGCUUCUGUCCCACCGGUCCAGUAUGACCCAUAUGAGCGAGAACUCAGGCCCCUGCUCUACUUCACCCCUCCUUACAAGACUCGUUUUGAUACCCAGUUUGAGAAGGCCAUUGUUGAGGAGCCUAAGGAUGCUGGGGAUGCAAAAGAACUUGGAGAAGAAGCUGAGGCUGUUGCCCAAUUAAAAGAGCUGCUGGGUAGCAUUGGUGAAGACAGAGAUGCUCGCUGGGUUACUGCUCUGGAAGAGGCCCCUGGACUACUGAGCAAAGGGUUGGCCUAUUUAAUUAAACAGGGAGACAGCGAGGUGGAGGAUCCAGUUGGAGUCUUAGCCAAGUGGGCUCUCCAAGCUCUGAGUAUGGAGGUGGCUCUCACACAACCAAUUGCUCUUAACCUCAGACAGUUGAAAGCUGGGGCCAAGCUAGCAUCACACCUGGCUGAGUGCCCACAGGGCCUCACAGCGCUGCUGCGUGAAGGGGCCCUGGGUGUUUUACUGGAGCUGCUCCACACAGACCACUUAUCUUCUACUCUAAAGCUGUGUAUCCUUAGAGCUCUGGACGCUCUGACUAGCGCUCCUGCAGGAGUGGAGGCUUUCCUACAUACAGGAGAGUCGGACAAGAGUGGAUAUCAGCAUUUAGUCCAGCUGUUCCUACGUGAAGAAACCGUGAGGGUCAUAACUGCUGGCAACGCCAUAUUACAGAAGAGUCACAUGUACGAGGUACUGGUCGACCUACAGCAUACAGCAGCAGCAUGGAGUGAAACACAGCAGGAGGACAUGGAGGAGGCCGAGAGCCCCAUGGAGGAGGAACCAUCACUAACCUCCCCCCCUGUGAGCGAAGCAGAGCUCGAUAGGUUGGCAGGGGUUCUGGAAGAGUUGCAUCACCUGCUAGAGACGGCCCCUUGCUGCAUGGUGCAGCCGCCUGGGAAGGCUUUCCCAACUUCUGCAAGAAUAACGGGACCACAGGAGAGAGACGAUCCAUAUCCAGCACUGUAUAGGUAUAUGCAUGCAUGCCAUUUCUUGGAGAGCACGACAGUGGUGUUGUCUGCAGCUGCUGCGGCUGGGCACGUAGGUGUCACCCAAGCAGUCAGAGAGGUCCUGCGCUUCCUGUCACUCACCCAGUCAGGUCUGCUCUUCCUUCUCGCCCAGCCCACCCCCACAAACCUGCUGCUGCGUCUUCUGGCAUCGAUGUCAGAAGCAGAGAGCGAGGAGAGUACUUUGACCGGUGGAGAGGGAGCUCUCACCGGGCCCGGGUUUGGUGAAGAGGGCUUUGGCGUGUGGUUAAUGCAGGCGCUGCAUGCUUUGCAAGGUUUGUCAGAGCUCAUGAGCCAUGUGGCUGCAGGAGGAGAGGGAGGAGCCGGGCUGGAGGAAGGGGACAAUGCAGAGGUUCUGGGGCUGCUGCACGCGCUCUACCUGAUGACCUUCACUCAGACCGGUCGCAGUGCUGUGGCCCACGUUUGUAGCCUGGACAACAACCUUUCCUGUCUGGUGACCCUGCUCCAGCACCACAGCAAAGAUGGACAGGGUGAAGCGAAGGCUCGCAAAGCAGUGACAUAUAAUUAUGCCUGUAUGCUGGUGUUACUUGUGGUGCAGAGCUCUAAUGAACUGAGGAUGAUGGAACAGUUUGCUUCUCCACUGCUCUCCUUAGCCAAGGCUGAUGACACCAAUGCCAAGUUACAAGAGCUCAGUAAAUGGUUGGAACCUCUUGAAAAACUUCGCUUUGAUAUUGGCAGUAUUCCCACCCUUCUAGACUACAUUAAACAG